UGUUUUUAAGUUCAGAUGACAAGCAGAACUGUCAGAUUAUUUGCUCUGCUUUUUGGAAAACUUAAAUUAUAUUUUUACUGCAGGUAGCAACUGGUAAUGCAGCUCUACCUACGGUUUCUGAUCAUAGGUUAAAGAGAAAUCGCCUACUCUAAUUGUUAAUUACAUUUUUCUCUCUCUAUCGCCACUUUUCACAUUUUAAUUUUCUUCCUUUUGAAUUACAGUCGUCGCUUCUGCCUUUCUACAUAACACCAAAAUUCCUUGACGGAAGAUUAAGCGAUAUAAAAGCGCACAGAAUUCUAAUUGGCUCGGUAAUAAUUGUAGACCCUUGCUAAUUUUAAGCGCAUUCUAAACUUGCCUUUAAACUAAAACAAAGUUCAAAAGAUUUAAACUAAAACUAUGGUUUAAUAAAAACUCAGAAUCUGCAUCGGAAAAGCCUAAAAAUGACACAUCGGCAAGAUAUUUAUGGAAAAAUGACAACUGCAAUUUACUGGCUGAGUGCGAACCUGUGGACCGAACAAAGUUGACAACUGAACCAGUACCGGAGGUCGAAAUUUCUCAUACAAAGAACUACUACCAGCUUUCGGCUUUUUUAUCAAAAGAGUUUAAACCCGUACUAUUAACAGGUGGAGCUAUUUUUCUUUGAUUUUUUUAUUUUUUUUAGUAGUUCAAGGAAAAAACCAAAGGCGGCGAAAUUAUAAAAAAAAAUUUUCUGUCUUUUUCGUACGCGCGCGCCUUGCGGUUGUUAAAUUUCACGAGGCUUUGCUGGCUGGCGACAGAAAGUCUGGCUUGCUUGCCCCCCCGCAAUAGCCCUCUCGAUUAGGGAGCGCUUUCCCUUUGUUCAAAUGCUUUACCGCUUUAGCUCCUAGAGAGCCUGAGAUUUCCUUAAAGAAACAAACUUCAGCUCCGAUCACUUCUCCUGAUUAAACCGCUUCCAAAAAAAAUAAAAAUAAAAAAUCAAACCCAGAAACUGGAAAUGUUUGGGUAUCCAAGUAUUAGUGUUAAUGAAAAUAGCACGUUUGUAUAAUCCUAAUAAAAAUCGAAGUGAGUUUGCUUGGAAACUGUUUCUUCGGAAUUCUAGCAAAAGUGUUUAAGAUGUCAACGCCUGCUGAAUUCAAACUAUGUCUCCCUGGGCGCUUUCGUAGAGGCUUGUAGGUGAAACUAGUGUCUCAGCUUGACAUGCAUAAAUCUGGCAGUCGCCCCGGCGAGAAGCGCAGUUCGCUGAACAGAGAGUAUUACGUGUUAUCCACGCUUUACUAUACUAUGCGCUCUCCCGCAAAUUUAAUCCACAUUGAAUUCUGCGUAGGGUAAAUCUGCAGUCUUUUUACAUUCAGGGCCUUUUUUAGUUUUUAUUUUCUACUAGUUCGCAUUCGUGAAAAUUAAACUGCCGAUAAGACAAGAGCGCCUUGUAAGAUUAAAUGAAACUGCAUCCUAAAUUAUGUUUUGAACUGGUUGUAUCAUAGCUGCACUGGCUGAGUUAUUGUUAAAAACGCUUUCAAUCUUCGUUGAAAGCUAACUUCACUAUAGUUCUUAAGCCACAGUUUGUUGAAACACUAAGCUACUAUUAAAAGCAGGGUGAUUAGGGCGAAAUUGGCUCGGCCUCUGUUUCCCCGUCCCUGGGGACGAUUAUACCUUUGCAAACCAGUACACACGUUGUUUAAUGAUAGCUAAGCUCACUAAAGCUCAAAGAGCUUUAACUGUUUUCGCCCAACAAAAACCUUCAUUUGCAUGUAAAGCAGUUCAAAGAAAAAACACGGAUAAUUCGAUGGGGGUACUUUAUUCAAGGCAAUUAGGAGUCUGUUCUUUUCUAAGCUAUUACGGUAUGGUGUCUACCACUUAAAGCAGUGAAAGGCAGGGUAGUCCCUUAAGGCUAUGGUUGCUACAACGUAAAACACGCCGAUGAAAAGAGAGUUCUUUAAACCGACUAAGUAGCCUGCUUGUCUGUCUUUUUCAAGUGUUGCUGCGCACGAAAUCUCACCGUUUACACCCAAAUGGGGGCCGCAAAACACCAGAAGUUAACAAUUCCACCAACACCGGACAAAACAAAGGCUUCCAUAAGAUCAUAAAUAGUUCUAGGGAAUAAACAUAGUCUGAAAGCGAGGGUUUUCUGGUGUUUCGGUAGACUUUAUCUGUUUGUAUCAGCUUCACAGGAUCCGCCCAUUACCCCCAAAAUCAAAAUCGGCUGAAAGGAAUUCAAAAGAAAAGAAAAACAAUCCUAAUGGACGGAUCUUUUUAUACUCAAGAGUGUAAAUAGAAUUCAUUUGCUCGUAUUAGCGAGUCAGAUUUGACGCGUUUUGACGCGAGAAAGCGUAAAACUAGUCAGUGUUUUUUUUCGAGAUGCGGCCCAAGUGUGGGCAUUGGCCGCGUAAUUCGCAUAACUCGGUGCGUGAGGCAUAAGGGUAAUCCUUUGAUUUUAAGUGUUGGGAGAUUUAGAUGACAGUGCUUUUCGACACACACAAGCCACCUAGUCCGGCAUUUAGAAUUCUUCCAAAGAGCAUACGAAUACUUGUCUUGAAAGGUCACUCCCAGUAUAUUCAAUCUCCGCAAUAACAGAGAAAUAACACAGGACAAGGCUGCCCUUUUCAAAUACCACUAUUGUAAAACGUACCGAUAUUGAUAAAAGCUUUUAGGGAAAGCAGAAAGUGUUCGAAAGAACUUAUUUCUUUAAAGGCAUUUUGUUUUUCGACUUUAUCACUAGUACUCCUGUCUUGUUUUGCGUUGUAAAAUGAAUAUGCGGUUUACGACUGAGCCCUGAGGCGAAGUGGCCACGCGCGUGUUGAUUGCUAGUGAUUGACAGGCAGCUAACGACGUUCGGUCUAGGUGGGCUGUGUGUAGCGCGCGCCAGACUGGCUGGCUCCGUCUUUCCCUUGGUUUACAAUUCUCAAGGGGUUGAUAGAUUGUGGUUUAACCAAAGGGGGUGUGAUGUGUCGAGCAGUUGAAGGCCAACGAAAAUAGUUUAUUUUGAGUGCUUGUCACGCUACAGUGACCGCAAGUGAUGUUUGGAAAUUAAUCCAAAGACAAAAAACGUGGUGUCUUGUACCCACAGUGUUAAAAAACAUGUAACAAUCUAACACUUCAAAUACUCCGAGUCAUAUUAGUUUUAUUGUGCAACAAUGUACGGAGUCUGUACGGAGCUUAGAGGUUUGCCUUGAGUGUGGGUUCACUCUGACUGGAUUUGUCAUCGAGGAAGAAGAAACGCGUUAUGGCCGACAGACAGAGGAGUUCAAAGUAUCCAUCGGUUUCGAUAGGUGUAAAAUCACGUCUGUGUCAUGCUCGUGCGGGACCAAAGACAUUCUCUGGUGCGCCCAUGUCGUCGCACUUUCCCUAUUUCGUAUUCGUCACCCGUCUAAAGUCACCCUACGGGUACCGAUAUCAGAGACUCUCUCACAAAUGAACAGAGACCAACUACAGAAAUUAGUACAAUAUUUAUUAACGGAACAUCAUACGGAAGUUUUGCCCACAGCGCAGCGUCUCGCGGAUGAAAUCUUGAAAAAGAGCUCUGAAAUCAAUCGGUUGUCGGGCGCGCCUGAUCCCACCGCUGGUGCGAGUGUCAACGAUGAGAACUGUUGGCAUCUGGACGCUGGGCAGGUCCGGGACCAGGUCAGGAGUUACUUGUCGCCUGGGGGGCACUCUAAUAGUGGAAGACACCUUCUUUCCAUGUUUGCUAAGGUUCGUGAAAUGCUUCGUGUCCAUGACAAAAAUGGCUCGCGCAUGCUCAGUCUGAUCACCGAACAAUUUCUCGCUGACCCGCGUCUCCAAAUAUGGAAGCAACAAGGCACCUCGAUGAACGACAAAUGCAGACAGCUCUGGGACCAACUGGGAUCCCUGUGGGUCUGUGUCGUGCUCAACCCAGAUGCAACUCUGUCAGAAAAGACCGUGUGGAAGAAGUCCUUAGAAGCGUGGAGCCAAAUGGACGUUUGUCCUCUGGAGAACCCGGAUGUGCGUGAAGAAGCGAACAAUAAUCAGAGGGUUAGGGAUGAGUCGUCCCGACGGACGGUAUUCUCGCGGGCGAUCGCGACCUGCGAGUUGAACUGGGAGGAUGGACUAUUGCGGCGGAUCAUUGGCGAUGGCUGCGAUGAACAAUAUCUGACAUGGACAGAGGAUGUCCCUGUCGCCGCUGCUCGUGUUGAUGCACUGAGGGCUCACGGUUAUCCCACCGAAGCUCUUCGCCUCGCUGUUGCUGUCGCCAGAGGAAUGAAAGAAGAGCAGGCGCACAAGUUCCACAAGAUGGAAGAACUCGAAGAGCGUUAUGGGGAGGAAGAACUAGAGACCCGACUGUACGAGGAGUCACCUGGCGAGGAAACCGUAGAGGGGUGGAUAGGCCACGCCCUUGACCCCAUUGUAGUAUUAUAUGACACCCUACUUGAGGCGUCCACGGAGGACCAAUCAGACAUUGAGGAGCUGGACUCCUAUAAGUGCACUCAACAGGACGUUAAAAGUUACACGCACAUUUGCGCUCCCGGGAGACUUAAUGAUACGGAAUCGUACUUGACACUAGCGGUGGAGACGGCGUUGAUGGGUCUCGGACAGCAACGGUCCAUGCCGGACGGGUUUUACGCACAGGACAAGGCGUGCCGCCAGGAGGAGCACCUCAUCGCCCAGCUAAAUCUACUCAGCUUUGAUAAGCAAUUAAUGGACGUACUUCGAGAUCAGACGGAACUCCUGUACGGAGGAGGACCGUUCAGCGGACUAGGACUUGGGAUUUAUCACCGUUCCGUUCCAAUGCACACUUUCGCGAGAUUCCUAUUCAGCUUGUUUUUAUCUAAGGACCCAGAACUUGCUUACCGAGUGGGCCUUAGAGCCAUGAGGUUCCUGGUACUAGAUGAGACUGCUGACGCUAAUGAUCAAGGGCUCGACGCCAUGCGCACAAGCCUAACGCGAUGGUACACUCUCGGACACUUAGAAUCGCAGCAAUGUGAGCUUGCACUGCGCAUGCUCAGUGGGGCCAAGGGCAACAAGUCCCGGAUGCAGAGUGUGUUAGAGUCUUCCCAAAAGCACAUUCACUCCGCGUCACAGCUCUUUCGGCUCGCUCAAGAUGCGCUGAAGUUAGCAGGCUUUAACUCAGUGGGCGAUUGCCAUGACUACUGCAUGUUACAGGUCGCAAUGGAUCUAGGACUUCAGGUUCUGAGGAUGACCCUUAACUCUCAGAACUGGCGCCGCCGGGAGAUGGUUCAGUGGUCGAUUGAGUGUGCUGUAGAGCUCGGUACUGCUGCGCUUAGUAUUAUCAUGAAGAACUGGAGCACUCUGUUCACUCCCACCGAGGCUACUUCCCUAGUCGCCGCCACUGUUAUGUCACCCACUACCGCUAUCCGUCUCAAGCUCACGAUGGUCGAAAAGGAAGCCCUACAGUGCUGCGCAAGGGCCCUUGCGCUGCAGUGCGCUAGCAGGGAGCCCCAGUUGUGUUGUCUCACGGCGCUGACUCUGUGUGAAAAGGAGCCUGCUGCAUUCGAGGCAGCCUAUCACUUGGUCCUCGAAGCUGCGUCCAGCAUCUCGCCAACGCAGCUAUUCGCUAUCGCUCGCUACAUGGAGCACAAGAACUUCGGUCGCCGUUCCUUCAAGCUCGCUAUUCUUGCUAUAAAGCACUUCACGCUGGCGUACAAUCAAGACACACACCCCUCAAUAGGGGACAUCCAGUGGACAUGCGCACUAGCCCACUCUCUCGGCCGUGAGGAACUGGGGAAAGUCAUACCUUUGAUUAUCAAGGCCGUACAGUGUCCCUCUGUGCUUUCAGACAUUCUGUUCCGAUGCGCCUUUGCACAGACCUCACCAGCCUGUGGGGGAAGCUUUGGCAAGCUCGCGCUCUGCGACAAAGAACCGCUGACUCAACUUCUUGAGUCCACGAUCAGUGCUUAUGUUAACACUGUGCAUAGUAGACUGAAUCACAUAAGUCCACGACACUAUGGGGACUUUGUGGACUUCCUUUGCAAAGCACAGGACGUAUUUGAACUUGCAGUGGACGGUCCGCACCGUUUCCGCGCGCUUAUCAACAACAUGAAAGUGCUCUACAAAGGAAAAAAGAAACUCAUGCAACUUGUCAAGCUAAAGUUUGGUUAAAUUAAAUAGGUCUCAUAUUAUUUAUUUAUUUCAAUUUCCUGAUGUCGGGAACUAAAAUGAUACAUUAUUAUAAUAUUAUUAUUAUUACAAAUAAUGCUUUAUUUGUUAUGUUUUUUUCUAUGUCAAAACGGUGUACCUUUUUUAUAUUAUUUCAUCACCUGUCCUCUUGGUCGUUUUAAGUGUAAAUUGAUGUGGUUCAAAGAGAAAAUAAUUUUAAUAGAUAUAUAUAAUUAAAAUAUUAAAUCAUUUUGAA